AGUUCCAUUGGAGCCACAUAAGCUCCGACACGGCGCCAAAGUGAAGAAGCCUCCCGAAAAGGAACUCAGAGCGCGAUACACCAGGAAAAUUAUUUCUCUCCACUUUGGAACAGUUUUGUGAUUUAUAUUUAGUUUGUGGAAGUGACCCUUCCUCUGCUUGUGAAGGGGAGAAAGUUUUUCAUUUUGUGAUUGUGACUCAGGUGAAAAACGUGUGUGCAAAGCAAAAAUCUCAGCAUAUAUUGAGGAAAUAAUAGCCAGGAGGAGAUUUAGCAGCUUUCGCACGGCAAUUGGCCAAUUCUUUUCGGAUCCUCUAUCUACUGCGUUUUAUGACUUUUACACUCAUCGCUGGAAAAUCUUAAAAAGAGGAAGGAAAAAUGAAUGGCGCCAAACAAUCUCUUCUGAUAUUUGUUCUUAUUCUUGCGAUUCGAAUGCUUAUGGCAGCCCCAGCGAUGGACACUGAAAGUUCGUUAAAUGAUCUGUACGAGAGCUUACUACAGCGAGAAUACACUGGUCCCAUUUCACUUUCCGAUCACCAAGUGGAACGCAAAGCCGUGCGGUCACCCUCCCUGAGACUACGCUUUGGCAGACGCAGCGAUCCCAGCUUCAAUCCCUUCCAGAUGGAGAAGAUCAACCAGAAACCUAUUAGAUCACCUUCCCUCAGGCUCCGAUUUGGACGACGGAAUGACCCACUCUUCCCUACCUUUAAUCAGGAUUUACUAAAUGACGAACUUACCUUCAAACGGCCAGAAAGGAAGCCCGCUAGCCGCCUUCGCUGGGGACGAAGUGCAGCAACGACCAGUGAAAAUUCAAAUGAGGAAAUCGGAAAUCCUGGUGAUGUCCAAAUGACACGAGAGGAGAGGAAACCAGCACGGCUGCGUUGGGGACGAAGUGAUGGUGGAAACAUGAGGAACAGUAUUUUGACUGAUGAAGAAAUAAAUCUCUUGGCUCAACUUCUUCUUCAAGAUCAGGAAUCCUUAAAUAAUUUCCUUGAAAAAUCUACGGAAAAUCACAUGACUCUCAAUUAAAUUUCCCCCAGUUUUCAUCCCCUAAGAAACUAGAAAAUCAACUAUAAAAACUUUUAGGACCUUCUUCAUGCCUGUAAUUUAAAAAAAUAUAAUCCUCCUCCGAGAGAGAAAUUGAUGGAAAUCACACAUAAAACUUUUCCGGAAACCCGGACAAUGAAAAAUCAUUUAAAAAUAUAUAUGCUCGUGGCGUUAUAAAUAGAAGCCAGAGAAAUCUUUCAUGACAAAUCUUGCUCUUUCUCCAGAAUGAACUAUAUAGAAAAAAUAUUUUCAAUCAUGGCACAAAAGAAAAAUAUCUAUUGGCAUAGAAUUUUUAUUGAGAAUAGAAAGUUUUCUUGAGAGAGAAAAGAGAGGAGCGAAAUUAAAAAAAAAAAAGAAAAUUAAGAAAAGUAUUAAAAAUAAAAAUUAUUAUAUGUAACUGAAUCACUAUUGAGAGAAAUCAUGUGUAAUUAACCGAAUCAUGAUCAAUUAAUUGAUGAAAAUUGUGGGGAGACUACUUAUUUACGAUAAAAAGUGUUUACCUAAUUUCGUUGCUGACUGCAAAAUGUCUGUUUUAAUUUAAUCUACUCUAUUAUAUAGAAUUAAAAAUAAAUUAGUGAUUAUAUAAAGAAUUCCUCAAAAAUAUUUCAUUUAUAUACUACAUUACAUAUUACAGUACAUAACAUUAAUUUCCUCAAUAAAAUCACAAAAUUAUUGCAUGAGUCGGAAAAGUAAAAUAUAACUGUAAGAAAAUAAUUUUGUUUUCUUCCGUUUUUUUAAUAAAAAAAAAUACAGAGAAAUGUAUACUGAAAAUUGAAGAAAAACUUUUACCUAUAUUAUACAAAAAAAAAUUCUGAAGAAAUAAAUUGAUUGAAUUAUUAAAAUUAUAUAAUCAAAUUCAUGUACAUAAUAAAGAGGAAUUAUAUCAA